AAGAGUUAGAUACAAAUAUUAUCAGACUUCGUAUUGAUUUAACUAAUAAAUGAAAUGAGAAACAAUAUAAAAAAAGAAAAUCUUUUUAAAAAAUUGCAUGACAGUGCUUUGAAUGAGUAGUUAUGUGUGUGCGUGUGUCUCCGUUUUGUGUUUUGUAUGCGUAUGCUUGUUUAUAUGUUGUGUUGUAAAAAGAGUAAGCCCAUGAGUAAGAGAACAUUAUUUAGUUAUAAAUGUGUUGGUGGUUUUAGUUAAUUUAAAGAAAAAAAAAAACAAAAAACAAAUUAGAAAAAACACCAAUCGAGAUGAAAUAUUGGAGUGUUUAAACAUAGUAAAAAUUGAAAAGACAACAUAUUUAAGUCGUAGAAUUGUUGAAAUUAAUAAAUAGUUCCAAAGUUAGUUAAAUAUCUAACAACCAACAACUAUUUAUUCCUCUUGCUUUCGAGAAGUUAUUGAAAAGUGUGAAGAUCAAACAAAAGUCCAAAUAAUAUAUAUAUAUAGAUAAAAAUUGCAACAGCAGCAAUAGUGUUAAAAAUAAUAAGUGAUAAGAAAAGUAACCGCAAAUAAAAGCUAUCAAUAUGGCGGACUUAAUACGUCCGCCGUUUAAUGAAAUUAAACGGCCGGAUGAAAUUGUAAGAAUGACAACCACCGAUAAUUUGAAAUUCGCUGUGCUCAUUGGUCUCAUCGAAGUGGGGCAGGUGACAAAUCGCGAAGUCGUUAAUACCGUUUUACAUUUGGUGAGUAAUAAUAUCUUCAUCAAUACCAAGUAAUUAAAAGUCUUGUAAAUGCACUCAAAGCCAAGUCAUUUUUCAAGUAUUUAAGCCACUGCGUUGUAAGUAUGUAUACAUCUAGAUCUUAUACAUAUAAAUAUUAUAUAUAUAUAUAUAUAUAUAUUUUCUUAUACUUACAGUCGCUCAUUUGUGUUCGUCUUGAACUUUCUCAGAGAAAAGUUAUGCUUAUUGCAAGCAUUUUUCCACUUGAAAUAAGAAAACUUCAUAUAUAAAAAAAUUAUCCUACGCCCUUUUUGAGUUUCCUCCCUGUUAUUCUCGGGUUAAUUGAUACUAAAAGUUUUUCAUCAAAAAAAAAGAAAAAAAAGAAAAAAUUGUUUUGAUCGAAACUUAAAACCUAUAUAAUGAGUUACGUACAUGGUCAAAGUUGAAAAGUAUAUAUAUUUCAAUGUUAAUUAAUUUAAUUAUAUAUUAAAGAAAGUGCUUAAAAGGAAAGGGCUUUUCUCCUAACGAGCAUGAAUAAUAAAUUAAAGCUAAAAUAAAGUUUAUGGUUAUAAAAAGUUUGGAGCGCGCUUGGUUUAGAAAUUUUUAUUAUUUAUACAUGUGGUAUAUAAAUGUUUAAUGCAUAUGUGUUUGUGUGUAAGU